AUGGAUACUGAAGGUUUGGAGGGGACGACAAUCACGCGUCGCAGAAAUGGUAAACGUCCUUCGUGUGAGCCCUGUAGGGUGGGUAAAAUGGCCUGUGGGCAUGAAUCGCCAGUUUGUGGGAGGUGUGUUAAGAGAGGCUUGGAGGAGAGGUGUUGGUAUCAUCCUGCACCUAUGAGUAGGGGAAGAAGUGAAGGGCGUGAAAGAAGUGAGAGGAGUGAGGGGAGUGUUGUGAAACGGAGGAGGAUAGGUGAAAAGGUGACAGUUGAUGAGGGAGUUCGUGAAGAAAUGGAAGAUGAAGGAGGAGACGUCGCAGGCCUGGAUAGCUUGGCUGAUGCGGCGGCUAUGAGGGAUGGAGACAGAGAAGAAGAGAAUGAGGGGAGGUCGGAACAUACUAAAACCAAUGGAGAUGGAAGCCGAAAUGCCGACAGCAUCACCACUUCACGGCAUGAUUCUCUAGGCAGAAUUUUCACAACUGCAGCGGAGAACCAAAGUACAACUAAAAACACUAAACCCCCAUCCAUGACAAACAUCUACCGUUCUUCUCGCGGCUGUGUAUCACCUAGCCCGUAUCACCAAUCCUAUAAAUACCCACUUUCUAAUUCCCAAGAUCAAAAUCCGGGAAAAGCGACAAUGCAGAAUAAUUUGAAUGGAACCAGUUACCCAAGAAGUCGACGUUACUGGGGUCCUACGAGUUUUGGGGCUGUGUUCAGGGAUGGUGAUGGUAGAGUUGAAGGAAAUGACGGGGAGAGGAAUGGAAAGAAAGUGGGAGGAGAAGCCGGAAAUGAAAACGGGACUGGGGGAAUUGGCGGUUUGUUGGAUAUUGGGGAGGAUGGGAGGAAAAAUCCUAGUUCGUGGCCUUUUGGUCAACCGCUGCUAGGAAGAAACCGACCAACGUCUUAUAAAGUUCGAUGUGAAAUGAUCACCAAAGCACUUUGGAACAUACCAUCCCGCUCGAGCUGCGAUGAGCUUCUAAAACGGUAUCACGAUAUCGUUGAAUUUUUAGUCAUGCCGGAAUUCAUGAUUCAAUAUUUAAUCUCAACCUUGUUCGACACAUUUGGUUCUAUUCUAGCUGAACCCCGCAGCACAGAGAAAUUUAUGCCAUUCGUCGAAACAUUACUGAAAAAUGAGGAAACUCCAUUACCUCCAGCGCCAGAUGAUGGUAUUGCUUGGCUUAACACAUUUAGUGGGCCUAAUAUUCGGUUCGAAGUCAUGGGACUUUUGUUUUGUUUUAUAGGAAGAUCAUAUCAGAGUUUGGCGGACGAAAAUCCAUUAUUUAAAAAAGAAGAAAAUCAUGGAAGGAAUAGAAGACAGACUAGUUGGAGAAUGAAUGAGUGUGCGGAUGUGAUGGGAAAAAUGUGUGAUUGUACGGAUACAGUCAAUGAGAUUGUAGUUGCAUUUCGGGUGGCUAUUUUUGUUUUGGAGAGUGCUGUUGUUGGGGAUGAAAGUUACGGAAAUCUCAAUCGUCAUCAAAACAUGGUAACAUCAGCCUACGCAUUCGGGCUUCACCGGCUCCCACAUCUUCCUCCGCACCUCCUAACAACUGCAGCCGAAUAUAAACGACGAGUUGUCGCUUCCGUUUACCAGAUGGACAAAUGUUGCUCAGCUCUCAAUGGCACACCACCUGGUAUACCUCGUCUCUACUGUCGCCUCCAUACACUAUCCGAUCUCUCAGAAACAGAGCUUUUUCUUCCCCGCGCACAAAUGCAACAAGCAAUCGCCGAAUGUGAUGAAAAGGGAUGGAACCGAAAAGGCGAAAUGUACUGUGGAACUUGGAAUAGGAGUAUGAUGCCAAUCUACAUGGUCAAAGAAGAGAUAUUAGAAAGAGCUCUAGCAGUCGAUGUACAGGUCAGUAGAGAGCGCAUCGAUUCGCUUCUUGCUCGAACUGCCUCACUUUCGCAAAACCGACCACAUCAAUUUUCAUUCGAUCCAAAAUCGACAGGUGUCGUGCUCUUCAUACAAUUAACUGUUUCUUUGGAAACAUUACAAAAUAAAUUUCUACUACAUCGUCUAGCAUUAGCAAACCACCUAGAAGGAAAUUAUAAUCAAGGGUUAUUGGAUACAGCAAUGGAGAUGCUUGAAAAGGUUAUUAUGAUGUGGGAGAAAAGAGAUAAGUUAGUGGGGCUUGAAUUUUCUUUUGACUGGGUUGUUACUAGUUUUGGCGUUCCAGCUGCAGGUGUAGUUUGUGUUGAGUUGCUUAAACUCAUGAGUGAUUCGAAUGGAUCUCAAAAGAAAAGGGAGAAAGAGAAGACGGGAACGGAGGGAGAUGAAAGGAGGGCAAAGGAGAAGGAGAAGACCAGAUUUUCCAGAAGUAUGGCGAUUCAAAAAUUAACGUUAUUUGCGGCGUUUUUAGAUUGGGUGAGGGAUACAGACGGGAAUUAUGCGUUGUUGAAGAGGGUGAGAGGUGUGGUAGGACGGGUGCUGAAAUGGGUUCUUGAUGGUGGGGAGAUGAGUAGAGAAGUUGACAAGGAAAAGGAGAAAGACAUAGCCAGACAGGAAGACAAUUCCAGGAUGGUUAACAGCCAGGGCACAAUUGAUCCAGCGCGAGUGCAGAUGGAGGAACGUACAACUAGGGGCGCAACCGAAAAUUCGGGAUUAACCGAGCAAGGCACGCGGGACUGGAACAUGGAAGCAGCAAACUUCGCACCACAACUUACGCAGGCAUCAACAACGAUAAAUGAAGAUUUCACAUCAAACAUUCAAGGCGGAUUAGAUUUUAACAUGAAUACGGUAGGAUUGGAUCUAAAUUUCGAUCUAGAAGGGAUUGGGAUGGAAGAGAUGUGGGGACAAGUUGAUUGGUUAAAUGCGGGGGAUUGGAUGGCUGGAAGUGGUGGAGUAGGGAUGGGGGGUUUAGGUGGUGCUGGGAAUGGGGGGGCGGGGUUUGGAUUCGGGUGUUAG